AUGUUCGACGACGAAAACCUCUCCAUCUACGACGAGAUCGAAAUCGAAGACAUGACCUUUGACGAAUCCCUCCAGCUAUACCACUACCCGUGCCCCUGCGGCGACCGCUUCCAGAUCGCGCUGGACGACUUACGCGACGAGCAGGACAUUGCUGUCUGUCCCAGCUGCAGCCUAAUGGUCCGCGUCAUCUUCGACCUGGACGAUUUGCCUAAACCGCCGCCCGCCGGCAGCGCGGCCCAAGCCCCCCCCAUCGCUGCCUAG